GGAGAAAGGCCGGAGGAGACGGUGAUGCUCGGGGAGCAUGGAGUGAAUAACCUGGUCACCUGUGGAGGAGACGCUGCUGGACCUCCUCCAUCAGCAUCACCAUCCUCCUCCUCACACCUCCACCGUCCACACACUUCAUCCAGCAGCAAACCCACAACAACAACAUCCUCCAGCGGGCAGAGGGAGCGAGCAGCGGGGCUCGACAGCACCAUGAAGGGGCAGGAGCCCGGCUCCUGGAGCCGAGCCGCCGAGCAGCCGAGGAUCAGACACCAGCAACCACAGCCCUCCUCCGACUGGGACCAGCUCCGAGCUUAAUCAUUACGAUGGAAGAGGAGGGCCUUGCUUUGAUCAACAUGGCGGACAACAGAGCGCAGGGGCUGGGGUAACAGCGGCGCUCUCGGUACACGGCACCAUGGACCAGGUACACAACUCCCCCGAAGGCUACAGCAACAGCCCGUACAACCACUACCCGAACUACCGACCCGGCCGCGGGACCAGUGGACACGGGGGCUGGAUGAGUCCCUCCCGCCAGGGAAACCCCCUGACGGGCCUGGCAGCUCCCGGCUCCCCGGCUGGAGGCGGCGGCAGCAGCGGAGGAUUCCAGCGGUUUCAGGGGCAGCACCCGUCCGGGGCCACGCCGACUUUGAACCAAUUAUUGACGUCUCCGAGCCCGAUGAUGCGGGGACACGGAGGAGGACACGGAGGAGGACACACCGACUACAACAGCCCGGGGCCGGCUAACGACCCGGGCUCCCUGUUCGGCUCCGCUGCUCCCGGCUGGGGAGGACAUCAGAGAAGCCUCCCGGCCACGAGCCCGGGGAACACCGGGCCGGGCGGCGGCAGGUCCCCGGCGCCGCUCAUGGACCCCAUGGCGAUGAAGCGCUCUCAGCUCUAUGGUAUGAGCAACAACCCGUACUCCCAGCAGCAACAGCCGCAGGGGGCGCCAUACCCCGGCACAGCCUACAGCACCCCCACCCCCCACAGAUACCCGAUGGGGAUGCCCAGCAGGGGGCACAUUGGGAUGGGAGGGAUGCAGUACCCUCAGCAACAGAUGAGCUCUCAGUACAAUCCGCAGCAGAGCGUGGGCGGUUACUGUCAGCCGGGUCAGCCUCCAUACUUCAGCCCCCCACAGCAGCGGCCCGCCGCCCCCAGCCAGCCCCCAUACAUGCAGCCCCGCCCACUGCCACAACAGGAGGCGCCACAGGAGGCGUUCGGGGGCCGCAGCCACUCUGCUGCUAUGACUCCUGGGAAACCAAACCUGGAGGAGAUGAGUCUGAGCCAACAGGAGAGACCGUCCAGCCUCCCGGAUCUGUCCGGAUCCAUCGACGAUUUGCCGACCGGCACCGAGGCAGCGGUGAGUUCAGGGGCGUCAGGUUCUGGCAGCGCUCAGGGCGACCAGGGGACUCCGGCCCGUUCUCCUUUCUCUCCACACGCUUCGCCCCGACACCCACCGUCAGUCCACACCGGGCCCUCGCCGUCCCCCUCGCCGUCCCCCUCGCCGUCCCCCGCUGGGUCUAGCAGCCAAUCACGAUCCGGGCCACUGUCUCCAGCCACCACUGGACCAGGAGCUCAGCUGACCCCCCAGAUCCCAGGUCCUGGGAUAGAUGUCGGGUCUCAUCCCCCCCAGUCGGCCAUGACUCAAGACAGAGGUUUCUCUACGUCCAUGCAGCGGAGCACCCCAGGGUCUCGGUUUGGCCCCCAGCAGUCAGCACCACCUAUGUCCCCUCACCCAGCACUGGGGGGGCCGAUGCCCCACUCCUCCUACCAGCAGGGCAGCUCAUAUGGCCAGUACGGCCCCCCAGGUAAAUACCCCCGCCCCCCCAACUAUGGCGGAGCCCCCAGUGCCAACUACAGCGGCCCCGGCUUAGCCAACAGCUUGGGGUUGAAUGCCAGCAGCCCGAUGCACGGUCAGGGCCCCUCCACGCCUGCAGGUCGUGGCCCUGGACCCGGCGCCGGGGGGCGACCUUACCCUGCUGGAGGGAGCUCUAUGGCCCCCACCUCACCGGGUAUGCCACAGCCCGCCGGUCAGGGAUUGAGGCCUCCGGUGCCCAACACCAGCCGCAAACCGCCAGAAGUCGGCGGGUCCAGUGCCAACUCCUCUUCCUCGUCCAGCGCUCAGAGCAGGCCUCCGUUCACCCCUUCACCCGUCUGCCACAACUCUUGGCAUGGGAGUCGACCCGCCCUCCCUCCUACUCCUCACCCCCACCACCAUCCUCCUCUUCCUCACCCUUCUCACCACUCCCUGCAGGGCACCAAUGCUGUGCUGACUCCCUCUGAGAAUUAUGGGCAUGGCAGCUACCAGGGCAUGGCACCAAUGGGAGGAAUGGGCCCUGGAGGCCCGCGGCCCUGGAGGCCCCGGAGGCCCUGGAGGCCCCGGAGGCCCUGGAGGCCCGGCGGCCCCGGAGGCCCUGGAGGCCCCGGCGGCCCGGCGGCCACGGGGUCCUACAGCCAGCAACCAGCCAGUAACUCCGAGAGGAUGACACCACAGGGACCCCCGUACAAAGGCCCAGCCUCAGGCCCCGUAAUGAUGCAGGAGAUCAUCGCUCAUCCAGACGCCGAGCAGACGGUUGAGCUCAGCAAAGAGGCCGUUUGUCCAACCACAGAACCUCCCAAAGCCAAGAAGCUCAGCGUGGCGACCAUGACCAAUGAGAAGAUCACCCGUCUGUAUGAGAUGGGCUCUGAGGCGGAGCGGAGGCUGUGGGUCGACGGCUACCUGUCCUUCAUGGAGGAGAGGGGGACGCCUGUCCCGAACCUACCUGCCGUCGGAAAGAAGCCGCUGGACCUGUGCAAGCUCUACCUGAUGGUCAGAGAGAUAGGAGGCCUCGCCAUGGUGAAUAAGAACAAGAAGUGGAGGGAGUUAUCGUCGCUGUUGAGCGUGGGGACGUCCAGCAGCUCAGCCAGCUCUCUGAAGAAACAGUACAUCCAGUACCUGUUCGCCUAUGAAUGGAAGGUGGAGCGCGGAGAGGAGCCUCCACCUGAGGCCCUUGGGCCCGUCGGAGACACCAAGAAACUUCCAUCACUCCAGGCCAAGAUCCAGCCGCCCCCCCCAGCCAACUCGGGCUCCCUGCAGGGCCCCAGCACCAGCUCCCUGACCGAGGCCCCCGGAGAUCUGAAGCCCCCGACCCCUGCCUCUACCCCGCGCAGCCAGAUGGGCCCCCGGCCUGGAAGCAGGACCAUGGGAGAGGUGAGCGUCCAGGACCCGUUCUCUGAAGGCAGCGAUCCAGCCUUCCACAUUCAGCGAGGCCCUGGACCCGGCGGCGCCCCCUACCAGCAGGGAGGUGGUCCAACAGACCCUUCUAUGAGAUUGCAGUACGAUGCCAACAAAGACCUGUAUGGACCAAGAAAAGGUCCAGGGCCCGGCGAGGCCUUUGGUCCUGGUCAAAUGCCCAGCGGUGCCAUGCAGGACAUGUACACACGCGGGCCCCCCUCCGGGCCCCUGACAGGGAGGGGCCCCAGACCACAGUAUCCCUACGGCCCUGGAUACGAGCGGAAGCUGGACCAUGUGAUGGGGCCAGAUGGAGGCACAGUGCCCCCCGCUGGUCAAAACAACAUGGGUCCGACUGGAAGGGAGGCCGGCAUGCACCCGACCAACAGGCUCCACCAUCAGAGGCGCGGACGUGAUGGCUACGAGCAGCAGCAUCACAGCAUGGCCUUCAGUUCCCAUCAGCCCCUGCACCCUCAGCAGCAGGGCCACAAGCGUCCGAUGGAGGGGAUGUAUCCUCCCUCGAAGCGUCAUGGGGGGGAGGGGUUUGGUGUGCAGCGAUAUGACUCUCAGCAACCCGACAUGUUUGGCCCCUCCUAUGGGGUAGGAGGCGGGGGCUACAUGGGCCCAGAGCGGCGGCCGGUCCAGGGCCAGUACCCGUAUCCAUACAGCCGGGCUCGCCAGGCUCCACAGCACGGCACGAUGGGCUUAGGACCGGUGACCGGGGGCCCUGGGGAGGGGCUGCAGACCAGCAUGUGGCCCCCCAGGACCGACAUGGGCUACACAUACAGUCAGCAGGGCCAGCGGCCCCCCUACCCUGGGAUCAGCCGAGGGGACGACCAGGACAGCCAGUGGCCCCCUGGGCCCCAUGGCCAGCGCCAGCGGCCCUACCACUCAUCCUCCUCUUCAUCAAUGCCCAUGCCAUCCAGACAGCCCCCCUCCUCCUUCCAGGCCACGCCCACUGUCCCUAACCAUGUGACCCGCUCCCUAAGCCCCUCCUCCUCUUUCCCCCGACCGAUGGGAGGCUCUCUGUCUCCAAACAGCGCCUACCUGCCCUCUAUGAAGAAGCCAGGGCUCCCUGGUGUCCCCCUCAUCCCCCUCCACACUCAGGGCUUCCCCCGCUCCGUGGAGAACACCGCCCCCCAACUGAAGCCAAGACGCCGACUCACAGCGAAGGACACAGGAACCCCUGAGGCAUGGCGAGUGAUGAUGUCACUGAAGUCCGGCCUAUUAGCAGAGAGCAGCUGGGCUCUGGACACCAUCAACAUCCUGCUGUAUGACGACGGCGCCGCCGGCUCCUUCAGCCUCACACAGCUGCCUGGUUUCCUGGAGCUCAUCGUGGAGUCUUACCGUCGCUGCCUCAUCCAGAUCUUUGGUAUCCUGGAGAACUACGAGGUGGGAGCUGAGGGCCAGAGGACUCUGCUGGGGCCCGACCCACUUAAAGAGGAGGAGGUGCUAAAGGAGCCUCCAGCUGCCGCCUCCCAGUGUAACAGCCAAUCAGGAGAGGAGCAGGAGAUACGGAGGAGGUCAACGGAGGAGAUGUCACCGCUACUCACGACUACUCCCACCAUCACCGCUGAGGACACAAAGAACAACGAACCAGUGGAGGAGGAGGUGAAGGUGAAGGAGGAGCAAGCAGAGCCCCACCCCCAACAGGCCAGCAAGUAUGACAAGCUGCCGCUCAGGGUGGAGGAGAAGGGGGAGGAGGUGGAGGAGGUGGAGGAGCGCUGGGCCGAGCUCAGCCGACCCAAUGGCUUCCUCAGCGGCCUCCUGCUCUGGAAGGCCGGGGGAGGAGACUCCACCGCUCACAUCCAGACGCACUUUGAACCCUGCACAGUAAACUCCGCCCCCCCAGAGGAGGAAACGUCACCUGAAACACAAGAGGUCAGAGGUCAGAGGUCACCAGCUCAGAGUCCCAUCAGCCACCUGGAGGACGAGCCUCGCUGCUGGGACCAGGCGCCGCUGUCCACCGCCGAGGCCUGGCAGGACUCUUUGGCCAAACGCUGCAUCUGCAUCUCCAACAUCGUGCGAGGCCUCUCCUUCGUCCCUGGCAACGACGCCGACAUGUCGCAACAUCCCGGCCUGGUGCUGAUCCUGGGCAGACUGGUGCUGCUGCACCACCACCCCUACAGGAAACUGACGCCGCCCACCUACCAGCGGGAGGAGAAGCCGGGUCUGGCGUGCAGCCGUGACGAGUGGUGGUGGGACUGCCUGGCGACGCUGCGGGAGAAUACGCUGGUGACGCUGGCCAACAUCUCGGGCCAGCUGGACCUGUCGCUGUACCCCGAGAGCAUCUGCCUGCCCGUCCUGGACGGGCUGCUUCACUGGAUGGUUUGUCCGUCCGCCGAGGCCCAGGACCCGUUCAGCUCGGCGGGCGACUUCUCCUCGCUCACCCCUCAGAGACUGGUGCUGGAGUGUCUGUGCAAGCUGAGCGUCCAGGACUCCAAUGUGGACCUGCUGCUCGCCACGCCGCCUUUCAGCCGCCAGCAAAAGCUCUUCGCCACGCUGGUGUGCCUUGUAGGUGAGAGGAAGAGCCAGGUGUGUCAGGAGAUGGCGGUGGCCGUCCUGUCUCACCUGGUGCAGGGCGACUCGACAGCGGCGAGGGCCGUCACCCUGCAGAAGGGCAGUGUGGGAACUCUCAUCGGCUUCCUGGAGGACAGUUUGGCCAUGGCUCAGUAUCACCAGAGUCCACACAGCCUGCUGCAUGCCGCCGCGCCGCCGGAGCCGCCCAGCGUCAACAUGAUGUGUCGCGCCGCCAAGGCGCUGCUGGCCAUGGCGAAGGUGGAGGAGAACCGGACUGAGUUGGUUCUGUACGAGAGCCGGCUGCUGGACAUCUCGCUGUCAGCCGCCCUCAACUCCUCGGUGGCGGCCAUCAUGUGUGAAGUACUGUUUAAAAUCGGGCGCUCGUGACACGAACACUGCCACGAAGCACAAGCUCCGCCCAUGUGACGAACUGGCUCCAACUAUAUUUUUAUUUAAAGAACAGAAAGAUUUACGUACAAAUAAAUAUAAAUAGAAUCUAUAAAGUUCCUCUGCUCCAUCCACAAAUGUUAUUUGGGAUUUUUAAGUCAUUUUAAUACAAAAAUAUUUAAAACCGUUUAUUUUUAUUCUUUUGUCAGUUUGUUGUGUUUUUUGUUUUAACCAAAGUUUAACGGUGGAGAAAUCUCGCGUCCCGGCUCCUGGUGAUUUAAACGGAAGUGGACGGUUCUUUCUGUUUGGGGGGCGGGGUUUGUUAGAUAUGGGGGCGUGGUCCGAUUAUUUAAGUAGUGACACGUGUUGUAGAUAAGACGUCUUUUCUCAUGUGACGCAGGAAACGCUGACGUUCAGUCUCUUUGUUCUGGUGCAAUAGGUUUGUUGUUCAGUAUUUUACAAACCAUAGCAGUAUGGGGGUGGGGGGAACUGUUUCACUUCCUGUUUUUUAAGAACUUUUCUGUCUCCACAGUUGUCAUCCUCCUGUAAAUAGAAAAUGUACAUCAGAGCUCCAGCAGAGGGCGACACCUGGGGACGUCAUUUCUAAUCACAACUCUGCUCACGUGAACUUUUCGUGUCUCUGCAGCUGGAGAAGAUUUUUCUGUAUAAAAAACCUCAGUUUCAGAAGGUUUGACGGAGUCGGGUGUGGAAGGGUGCGUUUGAUUAGAGAGACUGUGUGUACAGGAGGGGGGGGGGGACUGCUCAUCAUGUUGCUUACUGACAACUUCAGAAACAACAAAUAUAAAGAGAGAAAAAAGAAAAUGUGGACGUCAGUUUCUCUUGUUUGAUCGGACGGACUGAUCUUUACAUGUUGACGAAUAAACGCAUCAAUCAGU